AACUAUAUUAUUAAUUUUAUGGCAGAAUGCAUACGUGGCGCUGUGGUAGCAACAUGCCACUGUGAAGUGGCAGGAAAAAGAAAAAGCGUAUGUUGUUUUUAAUUGGUUCAUAUUGUAAUUUAAUAAAAUGAGGUGGCUCAUUUCUUGUUUAUUUCUAAUAUUUUUGAGCUGUAGUGCAAAUUGUUAUUUCAUUACUGUGGAUGCACAUGCCGAAGAGUGUUUCUUUGAGACUGUGGAAGCAGGCAUGAAAAUGGGUCUUACAUUUGAAAUAGCUGAAGGUGGAUUUCUAGACAUAGAUGUAAAAAUAAUUGGUCCUGAUGGAAAAAUAAUUUAUCAAGGUGAUCAAGAAAGUAGUGGUAAAUAUACAUUUGCUACACAUGUUCCUGGUGUUUAUACUUAUUGUUUUGGUAAUCAAAAAAGUAGUAUGACACCAAAAGUUGUAAUGUUUAAUAUGGACAUUGGUGAAAGUAAAAAACCUAUUGAACAAACUUCUGAUGGAAAAAGUGCUGAUUCAAACCAUAGCAAAAUAGAUGAUAUGAUUAAAGAAUUAAGUACAAGUUUAUGGGGUGUGAAAAAUGAGCAAGAAUAUAUGCAGGUUAGAGAUCGAAAUCAUAGAGCUAUUAGUGAAAGCACAAAUUCUCGUGUAGUUAUGUGGGCAUUUUUUGAAGCUAUGGUUUUGGUUUGUAUGACAAUAGGACAAAUUUUCUAUCUAAAACGAUUUUUUGAAGUCAGAAGAGUUGUCUAAUUAAAGAUAUACAAUAAGAUAAUACAUUGUACAUUCACAUUCAUUGUACAUUUUUUAUGUGAUUAAGUUAUAAUAGAAUUAAAAAAUUUCAACAUUUUGAA